ACGUAAUGGAAAUCCCAAAAGGAAUAGGACUUAAUUAGUUUCUUGCUUCCCUUAAUUAGUUUCUUGCUUCCCUAUCCUUGUUAGCAUAGGAUUUAUCGUAUAAUUGAUGGUUAUAUAUUUGGUUCUUUGGUCUCAAAACGUAACAUUACUUUCUUGUUUUCAUCUACAAUUAAUUGCUCUCCUUCUUCUUUCACAAAUAAGAACAACUCUUUAAUUUCUUUAAUACCAAUUAUCAUGGCAACUUAUCCUUUUGAACGAAGAGAAUAUUUAGAAGAUGUGAUUGAGAGUCAGGGUUUCUAUGUGAUGAACGAUUAUGGAAGGGAAAUUCCUUGUGGUAUAAGGAAAAUUAGAGAAAAUUCUGAAGCUUUUGAAAAAGCAAAAAAAACUGCUAUUUUUGCAGUAGAUAAACACAAUGAGAAGUUGGAGAAUUCAUCAAAAUUGAAAUUAUUGAAAAUUGUAAAUAUCAAUUUUGAACCAACUGCUGGUGCAAUUUAUUACAUAACUUUGGUAGCUAUGGAUACUUCUACUAGAAAAAUUCUUCAUUAUCAAGCUAAAGUACUGGAAAAAAUCAACACUGGUUUCAAAGUUGAGAUGUUUCGACUUGCCCCAUAUGUGCCAAAAGUCCUAGAAUAUGAUGAAGAGAAAAAUUGUUGUAUUAGGAUUAAUAAUUUGCAGGACUGGAUGGAUGAGAACUAUCUUUAUUAUAAGUGCUGCUACACAUUCAAAAAGCUUGUUUCUGUGAAGGUGAUUAAAGAUGAAGAAACUGGAAAAUCAAUGGGCUAUGGUUUUCUUAGUUUCAAAAAUCACUCAGUAGCAAUGGAAUUUUCAGAGAGAAAUAAAGGAAAACCAAUGCCAAAUUCCAACCAAAUUUACUCAUUUGAGGAUUUUUGAAAUAGUUUGUUCUCCUUUUUAAAAAUGAUUAUGGUUUUAUGUAUUAAUCAUUAUUAGUUUAAUGUAAUAGUUAAACUUGGGUUUGUUAUGGUAUUUACAUGGUCUUUUCUUGAGUAGUUUUUAAUAAAAGGUGUUCUAGAUUCCGGCAAAUUUUGAUGAACACAUAAAAAAAUUUAUCCCUACAUGUCGUUAUUUAAAAUUAUGAUCUUCUUAUUGAUUGAUUCCAAAAAGUUGUAAAUAAUCAUGGUAUCCAGAAAGUAAAUUCAAGAACAAAUUCACAUAUAUAAUCAUGGAAAGACGAGCAGACCCAUAACCAAAUUACUAAGAAAUAUAGGAAUUAUCAAUGAACAAAUUCUGUAGUAGCUAAAUAUUAAAAUCCGUCCCUAAUCCUAUUUAGGGACUGGAUUGCCAAAUUAUGUUGGCUACGAGCUAAUGAACGGCAUAUUAGCAAUGAAGUUUGUAUCUAAUUUCAUAUUUUUUCGUUGUUACGAGUAAUUUCAUAUUUUUUCGUUGUUACGAGUUUCGAAUCGUGCAUCAAUUCGCCUCAAGGGCAUGUCAACUUUAUAUACACACAUAUACAUAUGAACAAGGAAAAAAAGGAAUUCAGUAGAAGGGAAAUCGAAUUACUAGAAUUGCAUGAGAAAGCUUUUACAAAGUCUUAAUUAUUUGUUCAUUUUUCACAUUAACAAAAACCAUAGCAUAAGUACAAGAAAUUAAGAAUAAAGACAAAUUAAACACUUGCCCUCUAAGUUGCAUCACGGCAAAUUCUUGCAGUUGGGUUUGAAACACAAACUUGAUAGUACUUCUUCUUGGCCUCGGGUGAGCCGCGCUUCGGCUCGUCCUCAGCCAUGGC